AUGGAAUGGAAUCUUGUCAGUUAUGAGUUUGUGGCAUGCCAAGAUGCAAAGAAAGGGGUCCUCAUUCUUAGUGAGUUUGCUGGUGCCGCACAGUCUCUAGGUGCUGGAGCAAUUCUAGUGAACCCAUGGAACAUCACAGAAGUUGCCAAUUCAAUUGCCCAAGCAUUAAAUAUGGACUCUGAAGAAAGAGAGAAGCGGCAUAAGCAUAACUUUAUACAUGUGACAACCCACACUGCCCAGGAAUGGGCCGAAACGUUUGUAAGUGAACUUAACGACACUGUCGUAGAGGCACAAAUAAGGACUAGACAGGUGCCACCACCACUUCCAAACAAGGAGGCGAUUGAAAGAUAUUCGAAAGCAAGUAAUCGAUUGAUCAUACUGGGAUUCAACGCAACAUUAACUGAACCAGUGGACACACCUGAGAGACGAGGUGAUCAAAUAAAAGAAAUGGAACUUAAACUGCACCCAGAGUUGAAAGAACCCUUGUCAGCACUCUGCAAUGAUCCACAAACAACUAUUGUUGUCCUCAGCGGGAGUGCCACAGAAGUUUUAGAUGAUAACUUCGGGGAGCUUGACAUGUGGUUGGCAGCUGAAAAUGGGAUGUUUUUGCGCCUAACAAAGGGAAAAUGGAUGACAACAAUGCCCGAACAUUUGAAUAUGGAAUGGGUUGAGAGUGUGAAGCAUGUUUUUGAGUAUUUCACGGAGAGAACACCCCGGUCACAUUUGGAUGACCGUGCAACUUCGCUUGUGUGGAAUUAUAAAUAUGCAGAUGUUGAUUUUGGAAGACUUCAAGCAAGAGAUAUGCUGCAGCAUCUCUGGACUGGUCCAAUUUCUAAUGCAUCUGUUGAUGUUGUUCAAGGUAGCCGGUCUGUCGAGGUGCGACCAGUUGGUGUCACAAAGGGUGCAGCAAUUGACCGUAUAUUGGGAGAGAUAGUUCACAGUAAAUCUAUGACUACACCCAUUGAUUAUGUGCUGUGUAUUGGACAUUUUCUUGGAAAGGAUGAAGAUGUAUACACCUUUUUUGAGCCAGAUCUUCCGCCUGAGCCAAUGGGUCUUCCAAGAAAGAUGACUGAUGGACAGAAGUUACCUAGUGAGAGAAGAUCUUCAUUGAAGGUUCCAUCAAAUAAAAAUGCCUCAAAAUCAGCUCAGAGCAAGACACAACGACCUUUACCAAAUGGUGAGAAGAAGAAUGCCAAUCACAGCAAUGGGAAUCCACGAUGGCCGUCUCCUGAGAAGACUUCAUGGAAUGUACUUGACCUGAAGAGGGAGAACUACUACUCUUGUACUGUCGGGCGGACGCGUACAAAUGCUCGAUAUCUGCUUCAGUCUUCAGAUGAUGUUGUCUCAUUUCUGAAGGAGCUGGCUGGUGCCUCUUCGGCAAGUUCUUAA